UGCUGACAAGCCAAACAAAGCAGAGCUCACCAAUUACUAGCCUGCUGAUGCUGCUGCUGCGUCAGGAUAGGGGCUUGAUCAGGCAGUGCUGAAGAAGCUGGACUUGAGAGCAGCAGCUAACGGUCCGACCUGGUAAAGAAUCGCAGAAAAAAAGAAAAAAAGAACAGAAAAACAUGAGGAGGCACCCCCACCCUUAAGAAGCAGAAGAAGAAGAAGAAGAAGAAGAGUGAGUGAGUGAGUGAGUGAGUAAGUGGUGGCGGAGUUGUAAUUGUAACAGCAGCAGCAGCCACACCCAUCGAUCGGCAGCACCCAACCUCAUUGACGGUACCUGCACUGACGGCGCUCUCCACUAAGGGAAGAGGAAGAGCAGUAGGAAGAGAGGGGCUCUUCACAGCCAGCCUUCCUUCCUUCCCUUAAACUUUUCUAGUGCUGAGUUACACCUCCCUUUCUGCUGCUCCUGCUGCUGCACUGUCUGCAAGCCUGCCUGCCUGGCUGGCUGGAGCCUGGCCUGCUCGCCUGGAAGAGGAGGAGGGAGGAAGAGGAGAGAUCAUCGACUCCUCGAACCUCUCCUUCGCCCCUUUCCCAACGCUCACUUGCAAACGGUCUUCUCUUCUCCGCCACGCCGAUCAUUGCACAGCUCUGAUUCUCGUCAAUCAUCACUCUGUCUCUCGCUCCCACUCCAAUUGGGUCGCUCGCGUCCUCGCUUGAUUUGCUCCCAGGAUAGCACAACGGUGCCCCAUAUCUCUCUCUUCACCCGACCUUCUCAUGCAUUCCGGCAAUGCAGCGAGUGCGUCGCUGGAGCUUUCCUCGCUGUGGGUGCGUGGGUUUUCGUAGUUUGAGAGCGAUUUUGGCGUGAAUUGGCCCACAGAGGUUGUCGUUCAGUGAGGCUACGUUUCGAGGUGUUUUUACAGCGAAAAAUAUCGUUCGAAAGUUGAUGUAUUUUGAGGUAUUUGGAUAAAACGUGUUUGGUAGUGAUAAGGAAUAGAGCAUUACUUCCUCUGAAAGCUUUGAGUUGUGGCGACAAUAUGGAUAGCUGUUGCGGCGAACACAUUGAUUACUGCUCGCUUCUGUCUGUGGAAUCGUCGAGGGUUUGAGAGCUCUUCGUCUGGAACUUCUCAUUGAUCAGACACACAGCUUGCGAAGUUAACAGGUGCAAAGUUUGUAGAGCGGACGCUUUGAUCUGUACUCGAGCUUGGUAGCUUCCACUGGUGUCAAGUGAGUGGGAGAGUGUUGGCUACUCCUUGUGCAAGGUAGCCACAGUUCAUUUCGAUUGUUCCAAAUCUGGAUCUCAUCCAAAAGGACGAAGACACACAGCUCGCCGCAUGUUAUUAUCACGCGAAGCUGCUGAUCGUGACCAAGUUGCAAGGGAUUUUCAAUCCACUCACGCUCCCCUUCUGGAGCCGAUUCGCAGAACUUUGCCGCUGUGUCGCAGUCUCUAACGAGCCCUUCGACCGCCCUAGUAUUUUGAUAUCGGAAGAGUCUGAAAUAAUCUGGCACAAUCCUGGAAUUCUAUCACACUAAUCGACCCUGAAGCAUUACACGAUAAUAACACCAAUCGGUAAGUUAAAUCGCCUUUCUCAGCUUGUACCGGAAAGGCUUCAUUUCCUGCUGUUCGGUGUUUUGCGAGGUUGAGACUGACCUCCUGUCAAACUCCGGUCAACCUCGCAAGAUCAGAUUAAUUGCUUGAGGUGAUAUUUCUGAUUUGUUUCAGUAGCGUAAUUGACACAAUAAUUGCUCUGCCCCGGAAGCAUGAUCCUUAGAUUACUCCAUUCGCUCUGGUAAGCCUCUUAAUUAUCGAUGUCGUUUAACCAAACAAUCACCCGUGAAUCGUUUUCCUUCAUUGCUUCCCAAAUUGCCCCGUGGAUACCUUUCAUCAGUUAAAUGCUUUACAGCAGCUACGAUUGUACUGGUCGAAUGCUCUCUACAUGCCUGCCAUUUUCGUAGUGGACGAAGCUGUGAGUCGAAUGGUGGACAAGAAACUGCGGCGGUGUAGCUGAACUUCUCGAAGCUCCAGACUACAAAAAAGAAGAAGCUAAAGGCUUAAUCAGGGGCAACGAAUUUGCUCACUUCUGAUCAGUUCGACCCCACGCAGUUCAACAUGGCCUCACCAAAUUACGCAGAACGUCGAAGGUCUCACCCGAAGUCACGGCGUCAAUCUGCUCUAGCGGUGGUGGUGGUGCUCGCCAUUGUGAGCGCAUCCCUUCUCCUACCCGUAGCCCACGCCCAGCUCCUGCAUCCGAUCGAUAUGCUUACGCUGCGAUCCAUCAAGGCCACCAUGAACGAUCUCCCCGGUGGAAGCUUCUUCUCCACAUGGGUCUUCGCACUGCGAAUCAACCCGUGUCAGUCCUUCGCCGGGCUGCAAUGCGUCAAGGUCGGCAGCUUCAAUCGCGUCUCGUCGCUGUCUCUCGGCCCGCCCACCGCCGGCUUACCAGGCCUCAGCGGCUCCCUUCCUCAUUCCCUCGGCGACCUCUUCUACCUCCAGACCCUAACAAUCUCAUCCGGCGCUCUCCGUGGAUCCAUUCCCGACUCCAUUGGCAACCUUCAGAACCUACGCACCUUCUCCCUGAGCCCAAAUUAUCUCUCGGGACCGAUCCCCACCUCCUUUGCAAACCUCCACAACUUGGAAACCCUCCAGAUCCGGAAGAACCUGCUGGAGGGGCAGAUCCCGCCCGGGAUCGGCAACUUAGCAUCCCUCAAAGUCCUCGUCCUCUCCGAAAAUCGUCUAUACGGCCCUGUCCCUGAAUUAUCACAAACUCCCUUAAUGCACCUCGAUGUCCGCAACAACGAUCUCUCCGGCGGACUCCCACCUCUCCCGUGCUCGCUGCAGUAUCUGUCCGUGACGAGAAACCAGCUUUCUGGACCCAUUAAUGCCGUGGAGCCUCUCACCAGUCUCUCGUAUCUAGAUCUGAGCUACAAUGAAUUCACGGGGAGUAUUCCGAGUGCGGUGUUUGAGUUCCCUCUCUCGUUUCUUUUGCUGAAUCAUAACCAGCUCCGGGGAGCAGUGAGCGUCCCCGCGGAGGUGACGAUCUCGGUCGUGGACUUGAGUCACAACAAGCUGCAAGGAACAAUUUCUCCCUACUUGGCCGGGACCCAGAGCUUGUUCCUGAACAACAAUUUGUUUGUGGGCACAGUACCGCAGGACUUUGCGAAUAAAAUGCAGGAAGCAACGCUGCAAUCGCUCUACCUCCAGCACAACUAUCUGACAAACUCGGGGGCACUGGCGAACGCCGCAUUGCCUCCAAGUGUGGCCGUAUGUUUGCAAUACAACUGUUUAGUGCCUCCUCCGCAGUCGCUGUGUCCGCCCAAUGUGGACAUGCCGGUCUCAAGGCCUGAUUACCAGUGUCUCAAAGCAAGCUCUGGCUCACCGGGAGACUAGGAUCGAUCGAUACCACCUUCUUCUUCUUCAAGCCAUUGCUCUCCGACUGCUAGCUCGCCAUUUUUUUUAGUUUUUUUUAGUUUUUUUUUGUUUGUUUUUGUGUAUAGAUGGGAACAGGGUGUUGUGUGUUUUUUCUUUUCUUUUCUUUUCUUUUCUGGUAGUUUCUGCAGACUGUCGAUGCUUGGGUGAGCGCUCAGAUAUACAACAGAGCUCUCUUUCGUCAAGCAUUCGAUCGUAACUGUUCAUGUAGAAUGAUCAAUAUUCUGUACGAAAGUUUCAACCAUUCUUACGUAGCGAACGAAACUAGGAGGAAGUGAAGUCCCCAGUUAGUUGAUCAGUUUUGGUUGGUGCACACAGGCUCCGCAAUAUCACAUUGCUAGUCUCUAGAAUUUCGUAGCACAUCUUUGGAUCGAACGUGCUCAAAAUAGUAGGCAAAAACAAAACAAAACAAAACAAAAAUAUUGAGUUGGGCUGACUGGCUGACUGACUUUUGUUCCGAGGUUCUCAAUGUUUUAAGGACAUGCUCACUUCAGUGAAAUAUAUGUAGUCUGAGAUUAUCCAUUUACCAUA